UGGGGAGCUGCAAAUUUCCAAGCUAUUUGUCCCACUGUUCAACUUUCGUUUGUCUUUGCGGGAACUAGCUAUCGCGUGUGUUAUGAGACAAGCUAUUUGUUAUAUAAUUGAUAUGUCGAUUUCACUGCUUGAACGAAACCAGGGGAUAUUGCGUGAUGCCGGGCUCCAGAGGAAACGGUUCUCGAUGAUGUUAGUAAUCAACAUGGAUGAAAGGCCUGUCAAUAGGUCCUCCAUCUUAUCCGCGACAGACUUUUCGACCUCUGUAUCCCCAUGGUCCUCCAUAUGCAAAUUCUAUCACUGCACGCCCUUGUGAUUUCGCAGAUGCAUACAACGAAAGGUCAGAUCCGCAAAAAACCCACUAGAAGAGAGUAUAUGGAGCCACAUAGCGCUUGUGUCUCUGGACCAUUUGACCAACUCAGCGAGUUCUCUCCGCCUAGUUUCUGUCAUCCUUAUCUCUUUCCCAUCAACUACGCGUGUGAAGAUCUUGAGACAUUUGAGGUAGCGAUCGCCAUCCGGGCACCCGCAAUGACUAGCCCAUAAGCAAGGCACUCAGAGGUUUCAAGGCCCAUUUAGAAGUUGUCAAGACUUUUUACGAUAUUUAGCAAGUAUAUUAAACAUCUCAUUUGCAAAGACUAUGAGGAGGAGUUCGGGGUUGUGAUGCCUUUUUUCUUUGAAAAGAAUGUUGGGCAUAUUGCUGGUCGUAAACUUGCGGACAGAGAACAAUAUGACAAAGAUCUUGAAAAAGCUUUCGAAGAC